AUGUCGACGACCCGCCGCAACGAAGACGUCGAUGCGCUCGCGUCGCCCACCAACCCGGCGCACUGGUACGCCUACGCCGCCGCCGGCUACCUCGUGACGCUCUCGAUGCCCCUCCUCCUCUUCCCGCGUCUCCUCCUCAUCCUCAGCACCCCGCGCGGCGCCGCAGGUCAGGCGGCCAUCGGCACCGACGCCGCCCAGGACGCCAUCGCCGCCAUCGGGCCGGACCUGACCCCGCUGGAGCGCUACAACAGCUACACAAACGCCAUCGGCAUGAUUGCCAUGGCCGUCCUCGUCCUCAUCCUCACCGGCGCCGUCCCCGUCUCGUCGUCGCCCAUCCCCGACGCCAGGAGCAACGGCGCUUCCCCCUUCCGCAUGCCCACCCUCGUCGUCACCACCCUCUACUUUGCCGCAAACGCUCUCACCGCCUGGACCCAGGCCGGCAACACCGCCGCCGCCGGCGCCGGCGCGGCAGCAAAGCAGAUUGACCCCUCGGAGCUCGGCAUCGGCACCUACGGCAAGGUCAUCGCCAUGUCCCACGCCCUCUUUGCCUUUUGGGGCUUUGCCGUCUUCCUCUUUGGCCAGGACGUCACCCGCAACGCCAAAAAGGGCGGCGACACGAGCGCAAAGGACAAGAGCGUCUCCAACUGGCCCUUUAAGAACCAAUACGCUGCCGAGGAAAAGUCAAAGAAGAGCAGCUGA